AGUGUAAUUGGUGUAAUUAUUUGGAUAUUUUGCUCUAGUCAAAUUAGAAAAUUGGAAUUUCCUUGAUUUUCCAAAAAUAAAAAGUUGUAUAAACAAAUUCCACUUGUUCAAAAAUGUUAGCUCAAGAUGAAGAAGUUUGAAAUACAUCUAUAAAGUGAAUUUACAACGUUCUUAAUAGCGAGCUGUUAAAUCUAAUGUGCAGUAAUUUUUAAUAUCCCAUUUGUUUUCCCAUAUCUUUGAAGUAAAAAGGUAAUAAAAUGGCAGAUCAACAUAAUCCAGCACCAAGAAAACCAAUUUUAAAAAUGGAUUUUCCACAACCAAGUGGUACAACUCCUUUUUCAUUUCGUCCUUUGAGUGGAACACCAAACCAAACCCAAACACCAACAAGUGAAAAGACAGGUGCGAGCACAAAUAGACCUAAAAUGAGUCUGCCAAUUACUGCUAAAAAGGACCCUGUUAUUUUUAAGACCCCUAUACGACAAGUUGACCGAAGCAGAACAAGAGAACCAAAAUUGAAAAUAUCACAUUCAAUGAACUCUUCUGGUAAAUUACAAAUAGGAGGCACAACAUACGAUUUUACGUCUGAUGACCUGCAAGAUUUGGGCGAAAUAGGGAGAGGUGGUUUUGGUACUGUAAAUAAAAUGGUCCAUAGAAAAACAGCAACUGUGAUAGCAGUAAAGAGGAUCAGAUCCACUGUAGACGAAAAAGAACAGAAGCAACUGCUUAUGGAUCUAGACGUUGUUAUGAAAAGCAACGAAUGUAAAUAUAUUGUACAAUUUUAUGGCGCCCUAUUUAAAGAGGGUGACUGUUGGAUAUGUAUGGAAUUAAUGGAUACAUCUUUGGAUAAAUUUUAUAAAUUCAUCUACGAACGACUGAAUAAGAGGAUACCAGAGCCAAUUUUAGGAAAGAUUGCUUUAGCUACUGUUAAAGCGUUAAAUUAUUUAAAGGAAGAAUUAAAAAUUAUUCAUAGGGAUGUGAAACCAAGUAAUAUCCUGUUAGAUAAAAAUGGAAAUAUAAAAUUAUGUGAUUUUGGCAUUUCUGGUCAAUUAGUAGACUCAAUAGCAAAAACAAAAGAUGCAGGAUGUCGGCCAUACAUGGCGCCUGAGAGGAUCGAUCCCCAAACAGCAAAGGGCUACGAUGUUAGGAGCGACGUAUGGUCGUUAGGUAUCACUCUUAUGGAAGUAGCCACUGGUCAUUUUCCGUAUAAACGUUGGUCGAGUGUUUUUGACCAGUUGCACGAAGUGGUCAAUGGCGAUCCACCACGUUUAACAGUCAAUCACAAUGCCAACACAUUUACAGCAGAGUUUGUUAACUUUGUCAAUACUUGUUUAAUAAAGCAAGAAAACCAACGUCCCAAAUAUAACAAAUUGCUCCAAGAUCCAUUUAUUCUACGAGCUCAAGACGAAAAAGUAGAUGUCGCUACCUACGUAACUGAAAUAAUGGAUGAAAUGGCCAAUAAUGGCAUUAGUGCAUUUACUACAAAUCUGCAAUAAGGAAUGUGAUUUAGCCAAAGGCAUUAUGUACAAAGCGAGCAGGACUGUUCAUUUAAUUUGGAUUCUUUUGGAAAGCAACGUUCGAGAAAAAGCUUUUUUUAUUGUUAUGUCUUGUUCGAUAGAAGUCGUUUGAACUAAAAUUAAGUCGCCUAAAUCAGGUAAUAUACAAUGUGUAUAAAGUUAACUUUUGACUGGACAUGUUUAUGAGAUUUAUUAUGCAAAUAUAAGGUAUAUUUUUGUACCUUUGCCAUAGACAAUAGUAAGUAAUCUUAUGUGUUAGAAUUUGUAAAUAUGAAUUUGUUUUAAGAUGGUUAAUCCGAUCUUAUGUCAAUUUUUAACACUUAUUUCUUCUAUAAUUAAAAAAAAACAAAUUUGUUGCUAACUAAUUAUUACAAAUGCUUUCUUCAAAAAAUGUUAAUUUUGAAAUACUCUUAAAAUCUACCAAAUCACCAAACAAAGUUGUGUAUACUUAUGUCAUGAAACUGUCAUGGAUUUAUAAACUCGGGAGCCUUGAAGGCCAGUUGAUGUUCAAUUCAUUUGGGAGCUCGCAAGCAGCUGAAGCUCAAUAUUUUUGCAUUUGCGUUUAUAAAUAAUUAGCUUUAGUUGGGUUAGGUUUGGAAUUGUCAAUAUUUCAAAAGUUUUUCAAUACCUGUUCUUCUAGUGCGAAUCCACUAAUGGAUGUUUGCGAUAACAUUUUCCAUGGCUUCUCUAUUCCUGGCGGUGUUUAUUAACAACUGUACAUCGUGUAGGCCUGUCCACUGUCUAACAUUCCUCAGCCAAGACAUUUUCUUCCUUCCGAUACCCCUCCGGUCUUCGAUCUUGCCUUCGAUUAACAGAUGCAAGAAUUGAUAUUUGGGUUUUUCGCAUUAUGUGCCCCAGGUAUGCGAAUUUUUUUUCUUAAUCAAUUCAAACAAUUCGCGCUGUUUGUUGACGCGCUGUUUGUUGACACAUUUGUUAACCGUAUCUUCAGAAUUCUGCAAUAUAGCCACAUUUCAAAACCUCUAGUUUAUUAAUGGCAGCUGCUUUCAAUGUCCAAUCACAUCUGGAUUUCUGGAUAUUAUCAUAAAUUUAGUUUUCUUGAUGUUUAUGUUUAAACCCAUUGCUUUACUCUGUUCUCCUACCUUGUUGACCAGUUGUUGUAGAUCGUGUAUAUUAUCUGCAAUCAAGACCGUAUCGUCGACGUAGCGGAUGUUAUUAAUCCACACUCCGUUAACUUUGACUCCCAUUUCCACGUCCUCUAGAGCUUCAUGGAAAAUAGCCUCUGAGUACAAAUUGAAUAGGAGGUGACGCAACCCUGUCGCACCCCCCUUCUAACUUGUAUGGGAUUGGACAUGGUAUUGACCAAUUUUAUUUGUGCUGUUUGGUUCCAAUACAAGUUUUCGAUGCAUUGUAUGUCUUUUUGGUCUAUAUCAAGCUUUUUGAGUAGCUGCAUUAAUUUGUGGUGUUGCACGCGAUCGAAUGCCUUUUCGUAGUCUAUGAAAUACAGGCACACAUUCAUUCUCUGAUCGUAGCAGUUCUGGACAAGCACCUGUGUUGCAACUAUCGCUUCCCUUGUACCUAACCCUUGCCUGAACCCCAUUUGUGAAUCGCUUAUGUCCGUUUGACAUUUUUUUGUGUUUUUUUGUUUUUUUUUUGUUUUUUUUUUCUUUCAUUUGUUUUUCAACAUUAACGGC